AUGUUGACGAGAGCCAGGAGGAGACGAGGCGCACCCCCACCAUCCCCGGACUCGUCGCUCAGCUCCGCCUCGCCGUCGCCGGAACCCAACCACGAACCGGUGACAGCAGUAGCGUCGAGCUCGAGCGACGAAUAUUUCUCCCCACCGACGUCGCCGCCACCUGUACGUCGGCCGAGGAGAGGCCGGCCACCGACGGGCUUGGGAGCCAGGGGUCAACAGACCCCGGGACGGGUCCCCGCUGCCGGUGGUUGUGCGCGGCGCAUGAAAUGGACUCAAACAAUAAAUGAGAACGUCAUGCGCGCGUACUACGGUGCUACGGAGGGAGGAACCAACCUCACUGCGUACCGUGAAAGGAUGCUGUCGAUGUUUCAGGUACUCGAGCCAUCCGUCAACGUCUCGGCUCAACGACUCUCGGAUCAGGUGCGGGUCAUCCAACGCAAUCGUAGAUUGGACGAGGCUGCACUUGAUCGGCUACGCUCAGAAGCACUGCGCAACCGUGUCGUCCCCGCCCCACCACAAGAGGUGGUACAAACACCUACAGCGUCACAAAAUGUGACACCGACCACUCCUGCCGCUGGAGUGGAGGACGACAGGGUUGAACAAGUAAGUACUCAGUGCAAUGAACGACUGAGGAGUGCUUUGGAGGAUGCAAUUCGUGAGUAUAGAUUUGCUCCUUUAAAACCAAAACUGCCACGUUUGCCCAUGUGUGGAAGAAAUAGGGCGCUGGUAAGCGCUCUGGAUUCGCUACUUAAAACAUAUUUUGAAAGUAGCGAAAACCUCUAUGAUACACACUCGAUUCUGUACUGUGGGGCAGUAGCAGCUUGUCGAGUGGCUAACGUCAGAUUCUCGAAUCUUGACGCAGCAGUCCGACCAAAACCAGCAGUACCAGCCUGGCAGUGCAGGAUUGAACGUCGUAUCAGUGAGGCCAGGGUGCUUAUCGGCAAACUAUCCUGCUUCAGGGAUGGCAAUACUCGUCCUAGAGUGAUGCGCUUUGUAAGACGUGCAUUUGUGGGGACUGAAACCAGCCCUCAUGAAUACAUGUCACGUGUUACAGAGCGCAUCGACUUCCUGAAGCAGAAAAUCUACGCAUGGGCAAAUCGUAUCAGGCGGUACAAAAAACGAGUAGAGCGAUAUACUCAGAAUCGCAUGUUCCAAAGAGAUCAGAGAUGGGUAUAUAGAAAUUGGGAACGAUCCAACCAAGAUGUGACUGAUGGGCGGCGACCGGAUGAUGAAGCCACUAACACAUUUUGGCGCAACAUCUGGUCGGUGCCUGUCAGCCACACAGAGUAUGACUGGAUCUGUGAUGUUGAGCGAAGGUGUGAAACUGUGCCAGAGAUGGAGGAGGUGAUAAUCACCUCCUCUGAUGUGAGCAGUGCAGCCUGUUCGGUCCCAAAUUGGAAAUCACCGGGGCCAGACGGGCUGCACAACUUCUGGCUCAAAUGGUUCACCAGUUCACACGCUCGCUUAGCAUCGCAAUUCCAGGCAGCUUUAGAAGCUGGAUCGUUGCCCCAAUUUCUAACAACAGGCGUUACCCAUCUGCUCCAUAAAUCAGCUUGUGAGGAUACACAGAUGGAUGGAGUACAGAUGUGUACAGUAACACAUCUGUACUCCAUCCAUCUGUGUAUCCUCAACCUGUAG